CUUAUCUAUUUUCAUAUUUUCUGAUGUAUAAUGUGUAAUGACAGAUAUUUCAAUGUAUUUUAUUCUUAAUGGUUAGAUGAGUCUCUUAUUUGAUAACCAAAUAAUGAAAUAAACUUAAAUUUGCAGUGUCUGUCUAGUUAAUGACUUGUUGUUACUUACCUCCAUGGUCACUUUUGAGUUCUUCUCUUGCAGUUCCCAAGAUUGUACGAUAAAAAUGUGGGAAACUACACAGGGGAGGCUCAUUCGUGAGUUGAAGGUAAACUUUUAGAUCUAUUUGGAAUUAGUUCUCAUCAUUGUUAUUCUGCCGUCUGCAUAGGUGUCAGAUGCAUUCCUUUUAUGCCUACUAUCGCUAGAGACCUUAUGCACAUUACCAAUGUGAUUACAGUACUAUAUUGUGUUUAUUUCAUGUUCUGCUUCUUCUGUUUACUUUACGGGCAUGGGCAUUGGGUUAACUCUCCUGCAUUGAGCACAGAGUAUGUUCUUAGAACAGGAGCUUUUGACCACACUGGAAGACAAUAUCCUCCAAAUGAAGAAAUGAAGAAAUGAAGAAAGGCGCUUGAAAGAUACAACCAAGCAAAAGGGGAUUCCCCUGAAAGAUUAGUCUCAGGUUCUGAUGACUUCACCAUGUUCCUUUGGGAACCAUCUGUUAGCAAACAAUCUAAAAAGCGCUUGACUGGUCAUCAGCAGCUAGUAAAUCAUGUCUAUUUCUCACCCGAUGGGAAAUGGGUUGCAAGUGCUUCGUUUGAUAGAUCAGUUAGGUUAUGGAACGGUGUCACAGGACAAUUUGUUACAGCUUUCCGGCGCCAUGUUGGGCCUGUUUAUCAAGUCAGUUGGUCUGCAGACAGUAGAUUGCUUUUGAGUGGUAGUAAAGACUCUACUCUCAAGAUUUGGGAGAUUAGGACAAAAACGUUAAAACAAGAUCUUCCUGGUCAUGCAGACGAGUUUUUCGCGGUGGAUUGGAGUCCAGAUGGUGAGAAAGUAGUCUCUGGUGGUAAAGAAAGAAUUUUGAAGCUAUGGAAGGGUUAAAAAGAAAGAGCAUCGUGGACCUUUUUCAAGUAUAAGAUGUUUUGGAGAGUUUUCAUUGUUUUAAAAUUUAUGAUGUUCACAUUUUAAUGCAAAUUUAUUAAAUACUGUGCAAGUUGUAUGUUGGAUUCUUUCUCAUUGAAAUUUUGGCACAAGGCCGAAUA